UUAUCCAAAUUACUUUCCAGUCCAAAACCUCAAGCAAGUCAGUCAUCUUCGUCUUCCUCCUUUCUCCCCUCUCUCUCCCCACUGAAACUCCCCGCCUCGCCAUUAACAUCACCUCUCUCUCUCUCUCUAUGUUUGUGUUUUUGGGUAAGGGAAUGAGAAGCGAAAGGAAUGUUUUUUGAGGACCCACUGAGCUCAAACUCCCGGUUAUGAAGCUGGGCAGGCAGCUACAGUCCACGCGCCGCGGGGGUAAUCGGGCCGCCGCCUAAACCGAGACCAGCCACCUCCAACUUCCUCCGUCAUGAACCUCAGGCAGCGCCCUCUGGCCACGCGCCGCCGGGAGACGGGGUACCCGCCCCCGCCUCCGAGGCCGUCGGAGGUGUACAAUAUAAUUCCAAUCCACGACCUCCUGCUGACGGACCACCCCUCGCUUCGGUACCCGGAGGUGAGGGCGGUGGCGGCGGCGCUGAGGCUGGUGGACGACCUGAGGAAGCCGCCGUUCGUGCAGUGGAUGCCGGACAUGGACCUGAUGGACUGGGUGGGGCACUUCUUCGGGUUCCAGGCUGACAACGUGAGGAACCAGAGGGAGCAUUUGGUGCUCCACCUCGCGAAUUCUCAGAUGCGGCUGACGCCGCCGCCUCCCUCCCCGGACGCCCUCUAUCCCGCCGUCGUCCACAACUUCCGCAAGCAGCUCCUCAAGAACUACACCUCCUGGUGCUCCUACUUAGGCAGGAGGUCCAGUCUUUGGCUUUCCCAUAGGAAUGACACCGCGGGGCUCCGCCGUGAGCUCAUGUAUAUUGCCCUUUACCUCCUCAUCUGGGGUGAGGCUGCGAACCUCCGGUUCAUGCCUGAGUGCCUCUGCUAUAUUUUCCACCACAUGGCCAUGGAACUGAACCACAUUGUCGAGGAUGAUAUCGACAAAGACACCGGCCGCCCAUUCUUGCCCUCUAUUUCUGGCCAAAAUGCCUUUCUUAAGUGUGUGGUCAUGCCCAUUUACCAGACGAUCAAGGUCGAGGUCGAGAGUAGCCGGAAUGGGUCAGCCCCGCAUUCUGCAUGGAGGAACUACGAUGAUCUAAAUGAGUAUUUCUGGAGCCGGAGAUGCUUCUAUUCCCUGAAAUGGCCGAUUGAUCCUAGCAGCACCUACUUUGCAAGCACUGACAAGAGCCUGAGGGUCGGGAAGACAGGAUUCGUGGAGCAAAGGUCGUUCUGGAAUGUCUUUCGAAGCUUUGAUCGGCUUUGGGUGGGCUUGAUCUUAUUCUUGCAGGCGAUGAUCAUAGUCGCUUGGCCCGAGACCGACUACCCUUGGCAGGCACUGGAGAAGAGAGAUGUGCAGGUGGAGCUCUUAACAAUUUUCAUCACUUGGUCUGGCCUUCGGUUUUGGCAGGCGAUCCUUGAUGCUGGGACCCAGUACAGUCUGGUCUCCAGGGAGACAAAGUUACUGGGAUUGAGGAUGGUUCUGAAGGGACUUGUUGCCCUUACGUGGACUAUAGUCUUCGGAGUUUUCUAUGGCCAAAUUUGGAUCCAGAAGAACUCCGAUGGGAAUUGGUCCGGUGAGGCUAACCGCAAGAUUUUCGUAUUCCUUGAGACUGCCCUCGUGUUCAUAAUCCCGGAAUUGCUUGCCUUGGCACUCUUUGUCCUCCCUUGGAUUCGGAUCUUGAUUGAAGAGUUAGACUGGAGCGUGAUUUAUGUAUUUACGUGGUGGUUCCAUACUAGAAUUUUCGUUGGUCGUGGAGUUAGAGAAGGACUUGUUAAUAACAUCAAGUAUGCUCUUUUCUGGGCAGUCGUUCUGAUCAGUAAGAUCUGCUUCAGUUACUUCCUUCAGAUCAGCCCCUUGGUGGGUCCCACCAAGGCCCUUCUUAAAGCCAGAAACAUAACCUACCAGUGGCAUGAGUUUUUCGGCAACACGAACCGGUUGUCCGUGAUCUUGAUAUGGGCGCCAGUGAUCAUAAUCUAUUUUAUGGAUAUUCAAAUCUGGUAUUCUAUCUUCUCUGCGUUCGUGGGUGGAGCUAUUGGUUUAUUCUCUCAUUUGGGCGAGAUUAGGAAUAUUGGGCAGCUAAGACUUAGGUUCCAGUUCUUUGCGAGUGCAAUGCAGUUUAAUCUCAUGCCUGAAGAACAAAUGUCAACAACCAAGGCAACAAUGGUGAGGAAGCUGAGAGAUGCGAUCCAUCGUUUGAAAUUACGGUAUGGUCUCGGUCAACCGUUCAAGAAGAUCGAGUCGAGUCAAGUGGAGGCGACUAGGUUUGCCCUUAUAUGGAACGAGAUCAUAAUAACUAUGAGGGAGGAAGAUCUGAUCAGCGAUCAAGAUUUUGAACUCUUGGAACUCCCUCCCAAUUGCUGGAACAUUAGGGUUAUUAGGUGGCCAUGUGCCCUCCUAUGUAACGAGCUUCUCCUCGCUCUCAGUCAGGCUUCUGAGUUGGCGGAUUUUCCAGAUAGGUUCCUAUGGUCAAGGAUUUGUGCGAAUGAGUACAGGAGAUGCGCUGUGAUUGAAGCUUAUGAUAGCAUCAAGUACUUGAUCACGUUGAUAAUCAAGGAAGAAACCGAGGAGAAGUCUAUUGUGAUGAAACUCUUAUACGUUAUAGAGGAGACCAUUGGGCGAGAGGAACUCACCAGAGACUACAAAAUGACAGUUCUCCCCCAGAUCCACGCCAAGUUGAUAUCCCUCGUUGAGCUUCUGAUGAGCCUGAGCAAGGAUAUAAGUGAGAUUGUCAACGUGCUUCAGGCUCUGUAUGAAUUAGCUGUUCGGGAAUUUCCAAAGUUAAAAAAGCCUAUUGCCAUAUUGAGGCAGGAAGGAUUGGCCCCACGAGACCCUGGGACUGAUGCAGGGUUCCUCUUCGAGAAUGCAAUCGAACUUCCUGAUGAUGAUGAGGACUCGAUCUUCUAUAGGCACCUGAGAAGACUCCAUACUAUUCUCACUUCAAGAGACAAGAUGCAAAAUGUCCCUUCGAACCUUGAGGCCAGAAGGAGGAUUGCUUUCUUUAGCAACUCACUCUUUAUGAACAUGCCUCGUGCUCCUUAUGUGGAGAAGAUGAUGGCUUUUAGUGUGCUGACUCCGUAUUAUGAUGAGGAAGUAUUGUUCGGGAAAGAAAGUCUUAGAAGUGAGAAUGAGGAUGGGAUUUCGACUCUGUUUUAUCUGCAAAGGAUCUAUGAGGACGAGUGGAGGAAUUUCCUGGAAAGGAUGCGGAGAGAUGGGAUGGAGGAUGAGAAUGAGCUGUGGACAAGUCGGGUAAGAGAUUUGCGCCAAUGGGCAUCAUACAGGGGCCAGACACUAUCCCGGACUGUCAGGGGGAUGAUGUAUUACUACAGGGCCUUGAAGAUGCUCUCAUUUCUCGACUUGGCUUCCGAGAUGGACAUAAGGAUUGGAUCACAGGACAUCGCUUCUCAUCUCUCAUUGAGACACUAUGGGAGUGCUGGAAAUGGUCGCUUAAACUCAGUUCAAACACCCCCGACUCCUCAGAAUCGGAACCUCAACAGAGCUGCCAGUGGCGUGAGCCUUCUAUUCAAGGGGAACGAGCAUGGGAUCGCGUUAAUGAAGUUCACAUAUGUGAUCACAUGCCAGGUGUAUGGUGAGCAGAAGGCCAAGAAGGAAUCAAAGGCUGAUGAGAUCUUUAACCUCCUAAAGAACAAUGAGGCUCUUCGUGUUGCCUAUGUAGAUGAGGUCCACUUGGGGAGGGAAGAGGUCGAGUAUUACUCCGUUCUAGUAAAAUAUGACCAGCAGUUGCAAAGGGAGGUCGAAAUAUACCGAGUACAGCUUCCAGGACCCAUUAAGCUGGGGGAAGGAAAGCCCGAGAAUCAGAACCAUGCAAUUAUCUUCACCCGAGGGGAUGCUGUCCAGACCAUUGAUAUGAACCAGGAUAACUACUUCGAGGAGGCACUUAAAAUGCGGAAUUUAUUGGAAGAAUUUAAGAAAUUUUAUGGGAUCAGGAGGCCCACCAUCCUAGGAGUUCGUGAGAAUAUUUUUACUGGUUCAGUCUCCUCGCUAGCUUGGUUCAUGUCUGCACAGGAGAUGAGCUUUGUGACGUUGGGGCAGCGUGUCCUUGCAAACCCAUUAAAGGUUCGAAUGCAUUAUGGCCACCCAGAUGUCUUUGAUCGGUUCUGGUUCUUGACCCGAGGUGGGCUCAGUAAGGCUUCCAGACUGAUCAACAUCAGCGAGGAUAUAUUUGCAGGCUUUAAUUGCACUCUUAGAGGAGGCAAUGUGACCCACCAUGAAUAUAUUCAAGUAGGUAAAGGACGGGAUGUUGGGUUGAAUCAAAUCUCUAUGUUUGAGGCUAAGGUUGCAAGCGGCAAUGGCGAGCAAGUCCUCAGUAGAGAUGUUUAUCGUUUGGGCCACAGGCUUGAUUUUUUUAGAAUGCUUUCGGUCUUUUAUUCGACAAUUGGGUACUAUUUUAACUCGUUAUUGCUAGUUCUCACAGUGUAUGCAUUCCUGUGGGGCCGCCUCUAUCUUGCUCUCAGUGGGGUCGAGAAGGCAGUUAAGGAUCGUAGCAACGACAUUAAAUCUCUCCAAGUGAUCCUGAAUCAGCAGUUUGUGGUUCAGCUCGGCCUUUUCACGGCUCUUCCUAUGGUGGUUGAAAACUCCCUUGAGCAUGGGUUCCUUCCAGCAGUCUGGGACUUCAUAACCAUGCAGUUACAGUUGGCGUCCUUCUUCUUCACCUUCUCAAUGGGAACCCGCACCCACUUUUUUGGGCGUACCAUACUUCAUGGUGGGGCCAAAUAUCGGGCCACUGGCCGAGGAUUCGUGGUCCAGCACAAGAGCUUUGCUGAGAAUUACCGGCUCUAUGCCCGAAGCCAUUUCGUGAAGGCAAUUGAGCUUGGAGUCAUUCUCAUAGUCUAUGCUUCUCAGAGCCCAUUAGCAAAAAGCACUUUUGUGUAUAUUCUCAUGACUAUCUCAAGCUGGUUCUUAGUCGUCUCAUGGAUCAUGUCACCAUUUAUAUUCAAUCCGUCAGGCUUCGACUGGUUAAAAACUGUGUAUGACUAUGAGGACUUCAUGAGGUGGAUUUGGAAUGGAGGCGGGAUGUUAAAUAAGGCCGAUCAGAGCUGGGAAACAUGGUGGCAUGAGGAACAGGACCACCUCAGAACAACUGGUUUGUGGGGAAAGCUGUUGGAGAUCAUCCUGGAUCUUCGAUUCUUCUUCUUCCAGUACGGUGUUGUCUACCAUCUUAAGAUUGUCGGCGGAGAUACUAGUAUUGCUGUCUACCUCCUCUCAUGGAUUUACAUGGUUGUUGCUAUCGGAAUUUAUAUCAUUAUAGCUUAUGCCCGUGACAAGUAUGCUGCUAAGAAACACAUGUACUAUCGUCUUGUUCAGCUGAUAGUUAUCCUCGUCAUGGCCCUGCUGAUCACUAUUCUGCUGAAGUUCACGAAGUUCAAUUUUGUCGAUCUUGUAAAGAGCUUUCUGGCCUUUAUUCCAACUGGGUGGGGCCUGAUAUCAAUUGCCUUGGUUCUUCGACCGUUUCUUCAGUCCACAAUCGUGUGGGAGACUCUGGUUUCUUUGGCUCGACUAUACGAUAUGCUUUUUGGCAUUAUAGUUAUGGCUCCUAUGGCGUUGCUCUCGUGGUUGCCUGGGUUCCAGGAAAUGCAGACGAGAGUCUUGUUCAAUGAGGCUUUCAGUAGAGGGCUACAGAUAUCGAUGAUUCUUGCUGGGAAGAAGUCAUCAUAGAGUUCGAGUGGACUUGAGGAGGAUUCUGUGAACCAUACGGACUCAUCAUGUAUUAUAGAGCUCUCUGCACCAAGAGGGGGCUUCAAUUCGGGACUACUGUGCAUCUGCUCCAGGAGAUGAAAUGGAAUCAAUCGAAGGGCCUCAACUCUCUGGCCAUUCACCUUCUCUCCACUCGGGUGAGUGCUCCGGAUACUUGUUCGUGCACAAUACCAUGUUUUGACACUGUAAUUAUGAAUUUGGUUUAGGACAUUUCGUAUUCUAUUUCUUUUCAGGUCCUAAGUUCUCCCAUUGUAAUGUAGCAGGUUGUUGAACAUACGAUGUCCAUAAUUAGAGUAGCUUUUUUAUGCUCUGCGUUUUCAGUGGAAGAAACCAUGAGCUGAGGCCAAUAAUUAGAGAGAAACACCUAGAAGCCAAAAGGUGUUUUUUUCCAAAGAGAUCUUCAGCCCCUCAUAUAUCGAAUAAAACUCCGAGCUUCUGAACCGGUCCGAGGAUCAAAAUUAUUUGGGGAUU